GGUUCGACCCACUUCCGGUUCGCACUACAACAACGCAGUGCACAUGGGGAGCAGGAGUUAGCGACGGAUACCGAUCGUGUUCCCUUCGACCUUAUUAAUAAGACGUUGUUCUGUGCGAGGUGACAACAUCAGAAGAAGUUAUCAUGGGGAAGAAGAAGACGGGCGGAGGAUGCGGACUGGGCAGAGCUCUGAUAAAAGAGAGAAUCCAGGCAGGCCGAGGAAACAAGAGGGGCGACUCCUGGCUCCACACCAGUGAGCUGAAUGAUGGCUAUGACUGGGGACGGCUGAACCUGCAGUCGGUGACCGAACAGAGUUCCAUGGAUGAUUUCCUGGCGACUGCUGAACUUGCAGGAACAGAGUUCGUUGCAGAGAAGCUCAACAUCAAGUUUGUGCCGGCGGAAGCGCGAGCAGGAAUAUUAACAGCCGAGGAGAAAACCAGGCUGAAGAAGCUGCACGAAGACAACCAGCACUUCCUCCGGAUUCCUCGACGCCCCCAUUGGGAUGAAGGCACCAGUCCAGAUGCACUGCAGCAGGCGGAGAAAGACAGCUUCUUGGAGUGGAGACGAGAGCUAGCACAGCUUGAAGAAGAGCAGAAGCUAAUUCUCACCCCGUUUGAGAGGAAUCUUGAGUUCUGGAGACAGCUUUGGAGAGUGAUCGAGAGGAGUGAUGUUGUCGUACAAAUUGUUGAUGCCAGAAAUCCCUUGCUGUUCAGAUGUCCUGACCUGGAGUUGUAUGUAAAGGAGGUGUCGGACGAUAAGGUGAACAUGCUGUUGGUGAACAAGGCCGACCUGCUAACCAGGAAGCAGAGGCGAGUGUGGGCCAAACACUUUGAGAAAGAGGGGCUGAGGGCAGUUUUCUGGUCUGCGCUGGCCGAGAGCAACAGGCUGGAUGCAGAGGAGAAGGGCAUGGAAGUGGAGGAUGAAGAGUGUGAAGAGAGUGAAGAAGAAGAAGAGGACGGAAUGCCAGACAAUGAAGACUUGAGUCAAAAAGGAGCAGUGGGAGAGAAGGUAGCGAAGGCUGAGGAUGACGAGGGAGAAGAGAGCGGUACAGACGAUGAGCAGCGGGAAAAGAUAACUGUAGAAGAGGAGGAUUGGCACACCUGUUCCGAAGAUGAGGAUGAUGAAGAGGAAAGGGCCGCCGGUUCAUCCAAUGAAUCCUCGUUCCACAACUCCAGUCGUCUGCUGCACAAAGAUGAGCUGCUGGACAUUUUCAAGGCUGUUCACAACAGGCCCAGGUGUAAAGAAGGACAACUGACCGUGGGACUGGUCGGGUAUCCUAACGUGGGAAAGAGUUCCACCAUCAACACCAUCCUCAGGAACAAGAAGGUUUCUGUUUCUGCCACGCCAGGACACACAAAGCACUUUCAGACACUGUAUGUGGAGGCAGGCCUGUGCCUCUGUGACUGCCCAGGUCUGGUCAUGCCUUCCUUUGUCUCCACCAAAGCUGAGAUGAUCUGCUCUGGGAUCCUGUCCAUCGACCAGAUGAGAGACCACGUACCUGCAGCCUCUUUUAUAUGUCAGACGAUCCCUCGGCAUGUGUUCGAAGGCACCUAUGGCAUAAACAUAAUCCGACCACGAGAAGAUGAAGACCCCGACAGGCUCCCCACGUCAGAGGAGCUGCUGAUGGCUUAUGGAUACAUGAGAGGUUUCAUGACGUCACAUGGCCAGCCUGAUCAGCCCAGAUCGGCCCGCUACAUCCUGAAGGAUUAUGUCAACGGGAAGCUUCUGUACUGCCAUCCUCCUCCACACAUUAAUGUUGAAGACUUCCAGCCACAGCACGACAAGUUCCAGAAUAGAGAUUCAGACGAUUGUGACCCUUCCUCCACAACAACAAACAAACACAAGAAAAUCAAAAGAAUUGAGAAUGUGGUUGACAAGAACUUCUUCCAUCAGGAGAAUGUGCGGGCGCUCUCCAAGGGGGUUCAGUCCGUCAUGGGCUACAAACCCGGCAGUGGACCCGUUGGCCAAGGUAAAGCUGAAUCCGAGAUGGUGGAUGGCAAACCCUGGAAAAAACACGGGAACAGUAACAAGAAGGAGAAAGUGCGCCGGCUCAACAGACAUCUGGAUGCUUGAUCUAACAUCUAAAAACUUUCAAUUACAGAUCAUUUCAGACGGAAUGGGUAAAAAAACAACGUGCAGUUCACAUGUGAUUCCAAGGGAAUUGACGGCGAGCAGCAUUCAUAGGUAAACACACUAUGGCGCCUUAAUCCCGUAAGAAGGGGACGGUCAGCCUGUUGUGAGAUUAAUUAAUCAAGUGCAUAAUCUGUAUUGGACUGCUCUGGCUGGAAGAAAGUAUAUUGGUGCAAUGCAUUCCAUUAUCUGGAUCACGAGUAGUACAGCAGCUUUCUCUCCAGUGUUUGGAAAUUUAGUGAAAUUUGAAAAAAAUAAUAAUUUAAAAAACGUUUCCAUUGAAGCUGUUUUUGCAUCACAAUAUUUUCAGUAACUGGAUAAUCUACUGUCUGUUGGAUUCAGGUUUUAACCACAUGAUCAUUGACAAAUGUAAUGAAGAUGGAUUAUAGAAUAAAAUCAAUGUUUUCAUGUUA